AUGUUCUUCUAUCCGUUUCUAAUGCCAUCAUGGAUUGUUGUUGCCCUGCUUCUCGUUUCUGUUUUUGUUCUUGUGCCGUGUUGCAAAAAGAAAUCAAAAUCCAAGAAAAAGAAAAAUUCAAAGCCAACAACAAGUACAGUUUCUAUGACAAAUUCUAAGAUGAAAAAGAAGAAGAAAGACAAUUCCGAAUAUGUCAAACAGCUAGACAAAUUAAAAGAAACGGAAGCAAUGGCAAUAUCGGUUGAAAGUGCAAAUUCAGUUAGCUCUACAAGCGAAUCAAAUCCACUGUCGCGUGAAACUGGCCAACGAACUCGCGAAAAGGAGAUGUCUUUGGAGACGACACUUGAACUGAAGGAGAAACUUAUAAAGGAAUUGGAGGCCACUAAAUCUGGGAAAGACGGCAAAGAAAAGGGGCAAAAGUCGAUUAGCAUCACACAAAUGUCAACUAGAACAGCAAUAGAGUUCAUUCCGCCAAAAGAAAAAUCUGUCAAGGAAACUCAAAAGUCAAUUAGUGCUGGCAACACUUCUUCAGCCCUUCAAAAAUCGGUUGAAGUGGGUAAAGGCGGAGGUACUAAAUCUGUAACGAUUUCUGUCCGUAAAAAAGACGACAAAGAAUCAAACAAGGAAAAGAAUGAAAAGGAGGCUGAAAAGGUUGAAAGUGAGGCUUUGUUGGAAGAAAAGGAGACAAAGUCUUCGAGCGAAUCGGAUGAGAAGGAAUGA